AUGUCUUCACAAAUUCCAACUUUACUCAACCCAUCUUUUUUGACAUCUGGUUUAAGUACUGGCUGCUUUAAUUUUGUAAAUAAAAUUGCAGAGGCUAGAAGUAAACAGGAAGAAGAUCAAAUUGUUGCCCAAGAAAUAGAUGGGUUAAAAAGUAAAUUGAAUCUGCCAGAGAUUUCAUCGACUAAAAUCAAAGAUUAUAUAAUUAGAUUGAUUUAUUGUGAUAUGUUGGGACAUAAUGUAGAUUUUGGACAUAUUCAUGCAGUGAAAUUGGCUCAAAGUGCUAAAACUUUGUGGGAUAAAAGAACAGGAUACUUGGCAUGUUCUUUAUUUUUACAUGAAACUCACGAACUAAGUAUAAUGUUGAUCAAUACAAUAUUGAAGGAUCUUCAAAGUAAUGACCAUCUUGAAAUUUGUGCAGCAUUGACAGCACUUUGUCAUUUAUUGAAUCCUGAUAUGAAACCAGCAGUAAUCGGAAUUGUAGAAGAUAAAUUAAAUCAUCCAAAAGAAAUUAUACGUAAAAAAGCAAUUAUGGUAUUUCAUAAAUUAUUUCAAGACGAUCCUGACAUGAUGGUUACAUAUCCAAAUCUAGAAGUUAAAUUUCGCCAAUUAUUGACGAGAAAAGAUCCACAUACGUUGAAUGCUCUAUUAUGUCUUUACGCAGAUUUUGUAAAGGCAAACCCUGCAAGUUUUAAGGAUUUGGUUCCAUUUCUUAUAAAUGUUUUAGAACAAGUGUUGGAUAGAUGGUUGCCUAGAACUUAUGACUUUCACGGAGUUCCAGCUCCUUGGAUUCAAAUUAAAACAUUAGAAAUUAUGGGAAUGCUUGCGAAAGAUGAUGAAGAUGUUAGUACAGAAGUCGGACCAAUUAUAAUUCAUACAUUAAAAAAAGCUGAAAAUGGAGUUGACGCAGCUUAUGAAGCUUUGUAUACGAUGGAUCCAAUAUGGUGGGUUGAGAAUGAUUGGUGGACAGAAGAAAAGAUGAGGAUAUUGGUGGAUUGUUUAGAGGAAAAAGAUGAAACAUUGAAGAAAAAGACAUUAGAUUUACUUUAUAAAAUGGCCAAUCCACAAAAUGUAGCUGUAGUUGUUGAACAUAUGUUAGAAGCCUUACAUUAUGGUGAUGAGAAAAGUCUAGAACUGCGUAGACAUGCAUUUGAAGAAUCUUUUAAAAUUUUGGAAAAUAUAGAAAAUGAUAAUUUAGAGAAAAUUUCAAAUGGUUUGAAAGUAUGGACAAUUCGUAAUUUAGGCGAGUUUUUUGAAUGUGUAGAAAAUCAGGAUCAAGUGAUUGAUAAAUUGUGCGAAUUACUUGUAAAUAAUUUUGAUAAUUGUGAAAUUCAAUCUCAAAUAAUAAAAUCUUUAUUAAAAUGUGUCACAAAAAUCAAAACAUGCUCUGAAAAGAUUUUAGAAUUUAUGACAAAGUGUCAAUUGGAAUCAUCUUUUGGAGAAAUUAAACAAAAAAGUCAUGAAUUUAUUGUUUUGAUUGAAAACCUAACAAUGUUAGAUGACAAUAUUUUUGGAGGAGGCAACAAUAACUCACAAAAUAAUUUUAUUUAUGAAGAAUCUUUAGCAUUUCUUGAUGAAUUUCUUGAAGAAGAUUUAAAAAACGGAGGAAAGCCUUAUAAUCCAAUAUCUGUUAUUAUCGGAGACCAUGAAAAUUAUUAUGCAAAAGGUAUACUUGAAAAACAGAAAACUUCGGAAAUUCGUUAUGAAGCCUACGAGAAGCCUACAUUACCUUUUCAUAUCGACAUUGUAAUGGUUAAUGAUCCAAUCACAUCGUUAAAUCGUUCAAAUUGGAAUAAAAAUAUAACAAGCACUACAAGAUUAUUAUCACCUUUAUCAUCAUCACCACCAUCCAUGUCACCACAAUUAUCACCACAUAAUCAACGUUCUUCAUUUUCACCGACUUCAAAAUCUCAUCACUUGUCAAAAUCACAAAAAUGGAGUAAAUCUGGAUAUUCUAGUCAACAAAAUUUUGGAAAACGCAAUUCUUCACCUACUUUCUCUACUGAUUCUAACGAAGGACAAAUUAAAUCGUCUACUGAUAAUACUGAUAACAUGAAUCAUCCACACAGUUUGCCUACAACUUCAGCAUCUGUCAACAAUGUCAUGACAUUUGAAAAGGAAAAAGUUUCAGCGUUGUUUAGUGGAGUUGGAACUAACAGCAACAUUUCUGGUAUAGGAGGAGCAUCAUCACCACCAGCACCAAGAAAAUCUUCUAAAAUUAAAAGAAACUCUUCGAUCAUUUCUAGCUCUAAUUCACAAGAUAGUUAUGAGAGCAUGAAGAAAACAUUUGAACAAUUUGAAAAUUACUGGGCAAGUUUCUUAUAUGAGAGAAAAGAUGAAGUAGUUGGUGAAUUGGCGGUUGGUAAUGUUGAGGUUAUCAAAGAAAGAUUGGAAAACAAUAAUACAAAUGGAAUAUUUCAUAUCAUAAAAAUUAUUGGUAAUGAAGCAAUAGCGAUUUCACAAUAUGUUCCAAUUUUUUCAAUCUCGGACAGUUUUCAUUCCAUCAACAUUAAUAGUAAUGACGAUGAAAAUUCAUUUUUUGUAUUAUUACAUUUUAAAAUUCAGCCUUUACAUUGUGUAUACACCAUUCGUACAAACUCUAAGGAUAUCAUUAACGAUAUAACACAACAUCUAAAGCCUUAUUUCAUUAAAAACGAAUAA